GACUCAUUGUGUCUGUGUCGAGGCGUCGGGAGGGCCUAGGUCCGUGUGCAGCGCCGUUCUGCCGGCCUGAGCCCCAGAGUCAGCUCCCCUUUCUCGCCCAGCGCCCCCAGGCUGCUCCCGGGGCUCACGGAACAAUACCGAAACAUAUCAGAAAACAUCCAGAACAGAAAGGAGAGCACAGACCCUGUUUGGAUCAAGUCAGCUCCCUGAGCCUGAAUGAUGACUGCAGAAUCCAGGGAAGCCACAGGUCUGUCCCCCCAGGCUGCCCAGGAGAAGGAUGGUAUCGUAAUAGUGAAGGUAGAAGAGGAAGAUGAAGAAGACCACAUGUGGGGGCAGGAUUCCAGCCUGCAGGAGACGCCGCCUCCCGACCCAGAGAUUUUCCGCCAACGUUUCAGGCACUUCUGUUACCAGAACACUUUUGGGCCUCGAGAGGCUCUGAGUCGACUGAAGGAACUUUGUCACCAGUGGCUCCGACCAGAGAUAAACACUAAGGAGCAGAUCCUGGAGCUGCUGGUACUGGAGCAGUUCCUCUCCAUCCUGCCCAAGGAGCUCCAAGUCUGGCUGCAGGAAUACCGUCCUGAUAGUGGGGAGGAGGCCGUGACCCUUCUGGAAGAUUUAGAGCUUGAUUUGUCAGGACAGCAGGUCCCAGGUCAAGUUCAUGGGCCUGAGAUGCUUGCCAGGGGGAUGGUGCCUCUGGAUCCAAUGCAGGAGUCCUCAAGCUUUGACCUUCAUCAUGAGGCCACCCAGUCCCAUUUCAAGCAUUCAUCUCGGAAGCCUCGCCUCUUGCAGUCACGGGCUCUCCCUGCCACCCACGUUCCUGCCCCUCAUCACGAGGGGAGUCCCAGAGACCAGGCGAUGGCAUCUGCACUAUUCACAGCAGAUUCCCAGGCAAUGGUGAAGAUCGAGGACAUGGCCGUGUCCCUCAUCCUGGAGGAAUGGGGAUGUCAGAACCUGGCUCGGAGGAAUCUCAAUAGGGACAACAGGCAGGAGAAUUAUGGGAACGUGUUUUCCCAGGGUUGUGAAAACAGGAAUGAGAAUGAGGAGUCAGCCUCAAAGGCUGAAAACGCAGAAGACUCAGCAUCGCGUGGGGAGACAACAGGAAGAUUCCAGAAAGAUUUUGCAGAGAAACGUGAACAGCAGGGCAGAAUAGUAGAAAGGCAGCAAAGAAACCCUGAGGAAAAAACCGGAAGAGAAAAAAGAGAUUCGGGGCCAGCUACAGUCAAGGAAAAAAAACCCACCACGGGAGAGAGAGGUCCAAGGGAGAAGGGUAAAGGAUUGGGAAGAAGCUUUAGUCUGAGUUCAAACUUUAACGCCCCCGAAGAGGUGCCGACGGGAACGAAGUCCCACAGAUGUGAUGAAUGUGGAAAAUGCUUCACAAGGAGUUCAAGCCUUAUUCGCCAUAAAAUAAUCCACACUGGAGAAAAGCCCUAUGAAUGUAGUGAGUGUGGGAAAGCCUUCAGUCUUAACUCAAACCUUGUCCUGCAUCAGAGAAUCCACACCGGAGAGAAGCCUCAUGAAUGUAACGAGUGUGGCAAAGCCUUCAGUCACAGUUCAAAUCUCAUUCUCCAUCAGCGGAUCCACUCUGGAGAGAAACCUUAUGAAUGUAAUGAGUGUGGGAAGGCCUUCAGCCAGAGCUCAGACCUUACUAAACAUCAGCGGAUCCACACGGGGGAGAAACCCUAUGAAUGUAGUGAGUGCGGAAAAGCUUUCAACCGAAACUCAUACCUUAUCUUGCACCGGAGAAUUCACACACGAGAAAAGCCGUACAAAUGCACCAAGUGCGGCAAGGCCUUCACCCGGAGCUCGACCCUCACUCUGCACCACAGAAUCCACACGAGAGAGCGAGCCCCCGAGUACAGCCCCGCCUCCCUUGAUGCCUUUGGAGCGUUCCUGAAAAGCUGUGUGCGUGUAGCCCUAAAGAUCCAGAAACCCAAAGGAACCACUAUUCCUGCUCCACAUAGUCCCAUCCGUAGUGAGGCUGUUUCUGGAAUCUGUGUGAUGACCAAGGUUUUAGGCAUGGCUGCAGUUCGGAUUCCUCGGCCUCCGCGGGAGAGGGGGCCUGUGGUGGUUAAAGAUGAGGAAGAGGAAGGGAAGUGCCUUCCUAGCCUGGAGGUGUUCCGCCAGCGCUUCCGGCAGUUUGGGUACCAUGACACACCUGGCCCCCGGGAGGCCCUGAGCCAGCUCCGGGUGCUCUGCUGUGAGUGGCUGAGGCCCGAGAUCCACACCAAGGAGCAGAUCCUGGAGCUGCUGGUGCUGGAGCAGUUCCUGAGCAUCCUGCCCCAGGAGCUCCAGGCCUGGGUGCAGGAGCACUGCCCGGAGAGCGCUGAAGAGGCCGUCACUCUCCUAGAAGAUCUGGAGCGAGAACUGGACGAGCCAGGGCAGCAGGCCUCACCGCCUCCAAGUGAGCAGAAACAGAUGUGGGAGAAGAGGUCCUCUUCAGGAACGGCAAAGUUUCCAAGCAGUGUGCAGCCCCAGUCUGUGGAGACCAGUCACAGAUGCGAAGCUUGGGAGCCCUUGUACAUUCAGGAGACUGGGGAAGAGCAGGAUUUCACUCCAGAGCUGAAACAGAGUCAAGAUCAUAAAUCGAACACCCAGAAUGAGGAAUCGACAGAGAAGCAGAAAAGUUCUGAAGAAUCUCAAGAAUUCAAAAGGGAUAUUAUUCCUGUGAUUAUUGCCAGUAAAUGUGAGUCCAGGUUAGAAAGGCAGUGGGUAAACCUUGAAAAGGAAAGAGGAACAAAAACUCCUCUCCUAGACAAAGGUUCUAAGAAAGGCAGAGAAUUGAUUCCCGCUAAACCUACCCCAGGAGAGAGGCGUUACAUUUGUGCCGAGUGUGGAAAGGCCUUUAGUAAUAGCUCAAAUCUUACUAAACACCGGAGAACACACACUGGGGAGAAACCAUAUGUGUGCACCAAAUGUGGGAAAGCUUUCAGCCACAGUUCAAACCUCACCCUUCAUUACAGAACACACUUGGUGGACCGGCCCUAUGACUGUAAGUGUGGGAAAGCCUUUGGUCAGAGCUCAGACCUCCUUAAACAUCAGCGAAUGCACACUGAAGAGGCACCAUAUCAGUGUAAAGAUUGUGGGAAAGCUUUCAGUGGUAAAGGCAGCCUCAUUCGACACUACCGGAUACACACUGGGGAGAAACCUUACCAGUGUAACGAGUGCGGGAAGAGCUUUAGUCAGCACGCGGGUCUUAGUUCACACCAGAGACUCCACACUGGAGAGAAGCCAUAUAAAUGUAAGGAGUGUGGGAAGGCCUUCAACCACAGCUCAAAUUUUAAUAAACAUCAUAGAAUCCAUACUGGGGAGAAGCCCUAUUGGUGUAAUCAUUGUGGAAAAACCUUCUGUAGUAAGUCCAAUCUUUCCAAACAUCAGAGGGUCCACACUGGAGAGGGAGAAGUGCUUUAAGUGUUGAGCAUGCUCUCUGAGUGGUUUUUGAUUUUUCAAGUUUUAGCAUACGGAUCCUAGGGAGAAGCCUAGUAAUUGCGCUAUAAACUCUAGUGGUAGAUUUUGUUUCACUCAACGUCAAGGGUGCCUGAGGAAUGAGUGCUUGGGUGUUGGCACAGUGGGAAGGAGGAGGUCCUGGAGGGCAUCAGGGUACUCACUGCCCACUGGCCAGCUCGCUGGGACGGGGUCCCCCACCACACUUUGGGUCUCCUGAACCAGGCCGGCAUUGCCUUUUCUAUAGUUAAACUGAGUAUAUCCAAUAUAAUUAAGGAAGAAACACUGAAACUGUUUAACUGUUUUAACAUAUAUUCAAGAAGUAUGAUUUGUAAAGAAUUGAGCCACCUGAGCACAAUUUAAUCUGAUUUGGAAUAAACUUGUAACAUCUUGUAAUGCCUCAGGACUGUUGAAAUAAAUGGUAUGUCGGUUAUUGAACACUA